CCUCCCCCCACCCACAAGCACGUACACACACAAACGCGCGCAGAUGUAUGCAGAUUUGUUAUAAAAACGCUGCCGGCUCCUGGGGCGAACGGGCCAACAUCGACCUGAAGCACACCCGCGGCAAGUCCUUCAAGCACGAGAAGACCAAGAAGAAGCGCGGCAGCUAUCGGGGCGGCGCAAUUGACACAGGCGUCAAUUCAAUAAAAUUUGACUAGAUUUACGAGUGCGCUCACACACUAUAUAUAAUAUUCUAUAUUCUAACGGAUAAGAAAUCUUUGUAGAGUAGUCUCUACAUCAUUAUACCAAUACACAGCAGUUACACUAUGGCAUCAUAUGCAAUAAUAUAUUGCCAAUCUGUAAAAUCC